AUGGACGAUGUAUUUUUACAAAGGCUUUAUUGCGCAUUUGGCGGUGAUGAACAACAAUCUAUUGAUUUCAGCAAAUUUGUAGAUGGAUUGAGUAUUUUCAUGAGAGGAACUCCAGAAGAAAAAUUAAGAUUAUCUUUUAAACUGUAUGAUGUGGAUAAAGAUGGUUUUAUAUCAAAAGAAGAAUUAGAGCAUGUUAUGCUACAAUUGGUAAAAAAAAAAAAUAAACAGAAUGAAAUAGAAGAAAUUCAGCGUGCAAUUGAUUGUAUGUUUGAAGAUUUUGAUGUCGACUGUGAUGGGAAAUUAUCGUUUGAAGAAUAUAAACUAUCAGCCAUGAAAGAACCAUUAAUUGCUGAUUUUGUUGAACGAUUUCUAGAUUUACAUAAUUUAUCAAAUAAUCCAAAGCCAUCAAGACCUACAUCAGUGCGUUCAAGACAAUCAUCUCGAUCCAUAAAUGCUACACAGCAACAAAAUAGACUUUCUUAUCGUUUAUCACAAGCAGAAUUGUUAGAUUACAGUCAUCAACAACAACAACAAAAAUUGAAUAGUCUAUCAUCAUCUGAUGGAAAUACUACUACUACAGCAGCUUCUAUUUAUUCCCCAUUAAUACCCUCUGGAUCAUUGUCACAUUCUAAUGGAGCAAAUACUACCACUUCUAAUAGCAGUAGUAGUAGUCCUUCAUUAAGCAAAAAACAUAAUUCACCAUACAGGUUAAGUCGUGGAACUAGUAUGACAAGUCUUGAUGCUGCCAUGACUUCUAUGUAA